CAGGUCUCACGUCGUUAUAAGCAUUUUGAUUGGUUGCACGAUCAACUCUCAGCAAAGUACAUAAUGAUCGCGAUACCACCUCUUCCAGAGAAACAGGUGUCAGGGCGUUAUGAAGACGACCUCAUCGACCAUCGGAAACAUAUUCUGCAGUUAUGGGUGAAUAAAAUCUGUCGCCAUCCGGUGUUGAGUCAGAGCGAGGUAUGGCUUCACUUCAUCACAUGCACCGAUGAAAAAGAAUGGAAAAACGGGAAAAGAAAGGCAGAAAAAGAUGAGUAUGUUGGUGGUAAUUUCUUUAACUGCGUUACUGUACCACAAUCUCCAUUGGAUAUUGGACACGUGGAGCGGCAAGUGGAAAAAUUCCAUCGAAGUGUAAAGUCGACUGAAGAUGCUAUGAGGGUGAUGCAAGAGCGAUUGAGCAUUUUCCAGAAACUCUUUGUUGGACCUGUAAAAGUCAACUGGCAAAAGAUGGCAAUGGCAUUUGUCACAUUGGCGCAGUCGUUCAACACCGACGAUCAUCCUGGAAGUAAUCGUAUGGUGGAUGCCUUGAAACAGACGGCUCACCAUUAUCAUCAAAUCGGUGAUGAUUUCGAGUUACAUUCGCGAAACGACAUGGAACCAGUAGCAGAAAGUCUGUAUUCCUUCAAAGGCACUAUACAAACGGCCCCUGAUAUUUUGCAUGUACACAAGCAAGCUAUUCAAAAGUACAGGGAAAACGAGACUAAGCUAUCACAUGCUGAUGCUGAACGGAUAAAGCGUCGUGUUGAUUCAACGAGCUAUGCAGUGUUGGCUGAAAUGAACCAUCUGAAUACAGAAAAGAUCGAGGAUGUCCGGCUGACAAUGCACACGUUCCUGAAGCGACAGGCAGAUUUCUAUCAGAAAAUGGCUAAUACUCUCAACGAAAUGGCGAAGCUCUACGAAUUCUGA